AUGCGGCGGAACACCUGCAGAAUCUCCGACAAGGGACUACGCUGCCGGUUGGAGAAGUGCUCCUUUGCUCAGCCUUUUGUAGAGUACCUGGGACACUACCUUUCCAAGAACGGUAUUGCUAAAGGUCCAAAAACAGAUGCCAUCAUGAAGAUGCCAGAACCUUCCAAUGUGUCCAGCUUGAGAUCUUUCUUAGGCCAAGUCCAGUUCUACAGCAAAUUCCUACCAAAACUGUCGACUAUCUUGGAACCGUUGUACCGUCUGACAAAGAAAGACACCCCAUGGCAGUGGGGUGCUCCUGAACAGACAGCUUUUCAACAUAUCAAAGACUGUCUGAGUGCUGACACCGCCCUGGCUCACUUCAACCCAGCGUUGGAGGUGGGAAUAUCCUGCGAUGCAUCAGACGUGGGAAUUGGCUGUGUCUUGUUUCAUAGAUACAGCGAUGGCAGUGAAAGACCCAUUGCCAAUGUCUCAAAAACACUGACGCAGACCCAGAGAAGAUACAGCCAAAUCCAGAAGGAGGCCCUGGCUAUCAUCUUUGGUCUCAACAAGUUUCACCAGUUCCUCUACGGUCGACGUUUCAUCCUGGUGACAGAUCACAAGCCGCUGAUUGCCCUCUUUGGACCAACAAAGCCAAUGUCCUGCAAAGGGAAUGAACUACGAGCGGAUCUAAUUAUUUCCCUUACAUAA